UUUAUAAUGUCAAAUAAAUUUUAAGUACGGCAACAACAAAUGUACAACAAAAGUUUCCAAAAAUUUAGCGUCUUACUCGUAGCUAAAUAUUUGUGUUUUUUCCCCAAAUUCAUUUUACCGAAACUUAAAUAAGUUAAUUUAUUAAAGCAAAUUGAUAAAGAAGAAUCUGUUUCUGUCUGGUUCGAAAAACACAAUUUCUAAUUAAAGAAAUAGUAGCUAUUAAACAACAAUCAAACAAUACAAAAUUAGUCAAUAUGUCAACUUACCGUGGUGUAAAUUUUCAUGAUUUGUGUAGGGUCUGCACGUCUCAUGCAGAGCAAGGUAUCAGUAUAUUUUCAGCUGAUGGAAAGAGCAAAAAUCUUUGCAAUAAAAUAGCCGAUUGCCUGUCUUUGAUGGUUGACGAAAAAGAUCGUCUCCCAAAGGUCUUAUGUGUAGCAUGUUUGGAACAAGUGGAGGAAAUUUAUAAAUUUCGAAAUAUUUGCAAAAAUUCACAAAAUGUGUUGAGUGACUGUUUGAAACAAGCUACGCAACAUAACAGCGGGAAGAUCUACAUAAAAGAUGGUAUAGCAACGAAUACUGGCAAGAGUAUAAAUGUUGUAUGCAACAACACAUCUAAUAUUCGGUUGAAUGGUUGUGCACCAUCCACAUUAGACGUAAACAACACCCCGCAAUAUACAACAAUAACACCUCAGCCAAAUUUUUCUAACUUGGGCUCAAUUUCGACUAACAAUGACGUACUUAACUCGAUUAUGCAGUCGAUCGGCAUACAGCAAACAACGGUCGCUAAUCAGGCAGAUAAGCCACCCAUACGGGAAUAUACCAUAACAAUGGAUAGUAAGGGAGCAUUGAAGACUGAACCUGUACCGUACAAAUCUGAUACAACUCCUGUAGCAAACAGUUUACAAAACCCCCAGUCGGUUCAACAGCAAAGAAAGAAUAUCUCUAUGGAAUGUGAUCACAAAGCAAUAACUGAGUUUCUUAAAAUGAAACCAAACAUAAAAGUCACUCCCUUAGGAAAAAACAAUAAUAAAAAAAUAGGAGAGCAACAACAACCGCAACAGUUGCAACUGCAGUCAUCACAAAUCAUAAACCAACAAGAUCAGCACAACAACACCCAGCACAUUCAUAUUCAACAGCAGCAACCCCUAUCGCAAUCCACAACAUCUGCGGCCAGUCUGCAAUUACAACAAUUGCAACAGCAAUUACAACAAUUUCAAUUACAACAACAGUUGCAACAAUUACAACAAAUCACAUCUCAAUUACAACCACAGCCUACAAUCACUCUUGGUCCUCCACCUACUCCUGCCGUGGAGACAAGCCCAAGCAAAAGCAAAAAGCCUAAACUAAAUUUCGUAUUAACCUCACCUCCUUCACAGACACUUACGGCUUCAUUACCCCAACUAUCAAUGAACGCUGGAACACAGCCACCACAAAUACAAUUACAAUUGCAAGCACCUCAGACACAAUCUCAGGCUACUGCGGCGACACUGCUGUCAAACUUGGCACCAUUUUUACAACAGCAGUCAGCACAAACGCAUAAUUCGUCGAACAUACUGCAAACACCAACGCCAUCAACAACACCAACAACCCUAGUAACAUCGCCAAAUAAGUGUUAUCUUCCUAUAACUAUCAAGGACGAAAAUUCGGAUCAACAAAUUGUGGCCCAUAUAGAUGCGAAAAACUUUAUGCUCCCUACAACAUAUCAAUUACAAAUGAAAGUACAGCCACAGAUCGCUACCGUGGAUGGACAGCCAAUUAUGCAAUUGGCACCAACAUCUAUACCUGCCACCCUGCAGUUGGCGGCAUCAGCAUUAAAUAGCCAAUCCUUCCAAACGAUAACAGGUAAUAUGCUGCAAACAAUUCCGACAACUAUACAAUCGUCACCAUCACAACAACAGCAGCAGCAGGCACCGGUGCAUCAACUUUCACUGAAGCAACCAGCGGCGCAUGUAACCUCCCAACAAAUAAUACGGCCGGUAACACAAUUCACUAACGACGUCGCCACUUCGACAAAUGAACAAAUAGAAGAUUUUGUGCCGAAUAAAAUAGAUAAUAAUAAACAGUUUACAAAACCGAUGGAAAAAGGGCUAAAACAACAGAAAUACAGGCUUUCACAGCAGGCUGGCAGUGGCAAUAUUGAAAUAACACCAACAACAAAUUUCACACAAGAAAUGCAACAAGUGAAAAAACAAAACCAACAAAAACCAAACCCACAGCAGUCGCAAAAAGAGGAGCAACAGUUGCAGGCACAGAAGCAACUACAGGAUGUGGUAACAUUACUAAGGCCUCAGUCACAUAACGGCGGAACGGUGCAGCGCGUAACAAACAAAACAACAAUAAAGACACAACAACAAAAUGCGGCGUUGCAACAACCACCAGCGCACGCAUCAAUGCAAACGAAAAUACCUAUGUUGCAGAAAAACGAUGUGACAAUCAGCCGAAUAAGCAAUACUGCGCAAACUCAACAGCAACAACAAGACCAACAGCAAGCCUUGUUGAAGCUUCUGCCUGCAUCCACACUGGAUGUAAAAUCGAAAACCGCCAACAGCGUUGGGACGCAAAUACAGCAACAACAACCUCAAAUACAGUUUACAUCCAAACAGCAAGAUACUCAAUCACAACAAAAUCAAGCACCGAAUGCUCCAUCCUCCCAAAAAAUAAUGCGACAGACAGAAAGCGUUUCAUCAAUACAAUCUCAAUCACACUUUCACACGCAACAACAACAAUCCUUGAAUACAGCUAACGAUACAGCAGCAAAUGCAAGACCUCCACAGCAGCAGCAGCAGUUUUCUGCGAAUUCCACUGAAAAAUGCGAUACGAAGGUGAAAACCGAAGGUGUGUCUGCGCACGGUGUCGGUCCAAACGGUCUGGAGUGUAGUCAAUGUGGACGCGUUUUCAAGAAGAAAGAGCAUCUGACUCAACACGUUAAGCUGCACGCCGGCUUACGGCCCUUCAAGUGCAAGGAGGAGCAAUGCGGAAAGGCGUUCAGUCGUAAAGAGCACCUAAUGCGUCAUGAAAUCUCACAUUCAGGUCGAAAACUAUUCAGUUGCGACGUGUGCCAUAAACCAUUCUCACGUAAAGAUAACCUCAAUAAGCAUAGAAGAAUUCACACAACUGGCACAAACCUCUAUAACUGUGAAAUAUGCAACAAACAGUUCGCUGUGCGAGCCUAUUACGAAGAGCAUAAGCAGAUGCACGAAGAUGCCGCAUCUGCUGGCAUCGGAAAUUCAAAUCAAAAGAAUGAGAAAACAACAAAUGGGCCUAACACCAUCAACACGGAUGUGGCUGUGCAACAUUCACAAGAUGCCAGCAGACAGCAGCAACAAACGCAAUUGCUGCAACAAACUCAGCAACAGCAAACGCAAAUGUUACAACAGGCGCAACAACAACAAACACAAUUGUUACAACAAUCACAACAAAAUCAACAACAAGCACAACUGCAGCAACAUUCUCAACAACAACAGCAAACCCACUUGUUACAACAUUCUCAACAGCAACAACAACAACAACAACCUGAGUUGACGGCUAUACCACCAUCAUUAAUGUCAACGAAUCAACCCCAAACACAACAAAUACAAAUAGUCCAGCAUCAAGCGGGCAACACACAAUUUCAGCAGCAGCAGCAACAACACAUAAUGCAAUUACAGUUGCCGACAGUUGUAGGUGCACAGGAUUUGGCAGGCAAUACUAUUACCAUAACACAAUCGCAUGAUCCAACACUGAAAGCUACAAUCGGCAGUCAUGAUGCGACAGUACUGAAUCUGCCUUCGUCACUGGCGAACCUCAUGCAACUUAGCCAUGCACAGUUUGUAAACACAGCCACCGGUCAAAUAAUGGGUCAUAUAAAAAUUGAGAAAUGAUUAGAAUUACAAGAAUUUUAAAAGACAUAUUCACGGUCAUACUUAAAACUAAAAAUUAUUUUCAAUGAUUUUUUUUUUUGCUACUUACAUCACAUUUAAAAUGUGCGCACACGAAAUACUUAAAAGCCCAUGUAAAUAGAGUAGAGAAGAAAAACAUGUUAUUUUUUAUUUAGAUAUAUUUUUUUAACCAAUUGUUAAAAACAUUUGUGGAAUAUUUACACCAUUAUUUAUUAAGACAUAGUCUUAAAUUACAUUUUACAUUUGAUUUUACUACAUCCCCUUAUUUUUAAUUUGUUUUGGUUUUUAAAUUUUUUAAUUUAUUUGGAUUCUAAAAUUUUUAAAUUAAUUUGGAUUUUAAAUUUUUUUAAAUAAUUUGUAUUUAAAAUUUUUUUAAAUAAUUUGUAUUUAAAAUUUUUUUUAUUAAUUUGGAUUUAAAAAUUUUUUAAUUAAUUUGUAUUUUAAAUUUGUUGUUAUUAAUUUGGAUUUUAAAAUUUUUUAAUUAAUAUACAUAGUUAUUAUUAAUUGAAUAUACGUAUGAAUACUAUUAUUCAUUUGCGAAAUUAUUAUGUUAAAAUUUUCCGAAUUCGCUAGUCAUUUGAAUAUUACCAUUUUUAGCAUAAAAGCAAUUUGAGUACUCAACUUCGGUAUUAAUCGUAAGUCAUUAAGUAAACUUGUUUAAAUUUUAAAUAUUCUUUUAUAUAAUUGUACAUAAGUAUAUAAUUGCAACAAGCAACUAUGCAGGAUGAACUGAACUGAAUUUUAUGAAUGCUAUAAAAUAACAGAUACUCAUACUUAUAUAUAUACAUACAUAUAUAUUUAAGAUAUAUGAAUUACAUAAAUUAAUUGUAAAACCUAAUGCAUUUGUUCAUGUUCAUAUAUAUAAUAAUACUUAUUAUAGAUCCGUAGAAAUGAAAUGCCAUAAAAUACUUUAGUAUUUAAAAUGAUUAAUUUUGUAAAUCUCGGUCAUGUUCAUAUUAUAUGAAUGUAAGUAAUAAAUCCCAAUCAUAUAUGUACGUUUGUAUGUAUAUGUGUUUUAGAAAAGACUUGUUGGCUACACUUUAUUAUUGUAUAUAGAGAAAACGUUAUAGUUUAUACGGACAGAUAUACCAAAUUAUCUAAUUUUGAGGUUAUGCGUACGAGUUGUGUUCAAGAUAUAAGGGAAAUUUUCAAAUUUCGCGAAUUGAACGAAAACCCCAUUAACUUCGGCUACACUGCAGCUACAUAUAAUACCUUUCACAGGUGCAUAUCUUAUAGCAUAAAAGUGUAUGAAAAGAUCUGUAUAUUAAUUUUAAUCGGUCAGUUUGGACCACAGCGGUCCGAUCUGAGCUAUGUAUGUAUACAUAUGUGUUGAGAUUUUAACAUUUUGAAUAUAUCUAAUAAUUUUGUUCGUUCAGUUUGUGGGCAGCGACAUAUAUGUAAGUUAUAGUAGUCCAAUGUGGAAAUUUUUCUAAGAAGUGAAGGAUUUUAUCGAAGCGUUGCUAUUGAGUAAUAUCUUUUACUUUUCCAUACUAUAACCUAAUUUUGAUCGGUCAGUUUAUUUGACAGCUAUACGCUAUACAAAGGCUACAAGUUUGGCAGCUCAUGUUGAAGCUGUUCAGAUUUCAGCAUUUUGUUGCAAAUUUUGAGAAAAUUAUAUCUGUGUAUAUAUAUUGUAUGUCUAUUAAUGCACCGCUGUGUACCUAAGUAAGUGGAAAUUCUUUACCUGUAGCCAUGCACAUAUGUAUGUUUGUAUGAUUAAGUCUGUAUGUUUAUUAGUGCGAAUUUCUGCAGGGUGGAAUGCUAAUAUUUCAGCCAAUUCUAUAAACAAAACCUUGCUGAUUUGUGUACAUAAGUGCGUACAUAUGUAUGUAUAUAUGUAGACUUGCAUGCGCCAGCUUGACUAUGAAUUUACAGUUUCCAUUUGGCGUUAAAACUGGAGUAUAAACAUCAUUCAAUCGGCUGUAAACAAUUUAAGAUUAAAAACAGACAAUUUCUUAUGGAAUAAACAAAAGAAAACAUAAAAACAAAAAUUGUAAA